AAUUUUUGAACUGAAUUCAUGUACUUUUUUUUUUUUUGCCUAGAAACAACGAAGAUAAAUUUAAUUGGAUACUUUUCUUCUAGACAACAUAAUUGGAUUGGAAUAGUAAGAUUCAGUUAAACAAAAAAAUAGUAAAUAAAAUAUAACUAGAUAAAAAAGAAAACACCAAAUUUGUAAAUAGAUCGAGGGCUAAGAUUAUACCAAGAAGAACCAAAAUAAAAUAAUUUACUAUUUUAUUGAUACCAAUAUGACUGGAAAUAGAUCUAAGAUUGUACCUAUAUAUACAAACACAUGCAACCAAUAUUUUGCAACGAAACAUAAUAACGAAAAACAAGUUUGGUUCCCUCUUCUUCUUCAGAGAAGUACGAUUUUAAUACAUUUUUAUACACAUACUUAUAGAAAAAAGUUUCAUCAUCAUGUUCUAUUCGACUAAGAAGCUAUUCUUGUUCUUCUUCUUGUGCAUUGUGCUGAUUGUCAACUACAACAACAAUGGUUUCGUAACCGCAGUAAAUAGCAUUGGCUUGAACUAUGGUCUCCUCGGAGAUAACCUCCCGUCUCCGUCCAAUGUUAUAAACCUUUACAAGUCCAUAGACAUUACUAAAAUCCGAAUCUUCGACCCGAACACUGAAGUUCUUAACGCUUUACGCGGCCACCGUGAUAUUGCAGUCACUGUAGGCGUUAGGGACCAGGACUUGGCUGCUCUUGCAGCUAGCGAAGAAGCUGUUAAGGGCUGGUUUGCGACCAACAUCGAGCCUUACUUACCCGACGUCAACAUCGCGUUCAUUACUGUUGGUAAUGAAGUCAUCCCUGGACCAAUUGGUUCUCAAGUGCUUCCCGUCAUGCAGUCUCUCACCAACCUGGUCAGGUCAAGGAAUCUUCCAAUCUCGAUAAGCACUGUGGUGGCUAUGUGGAACCUCGAGCAAUCGUACCCACCUUCCGCAGGAAUGUUCACGUCUCAAGCGCGUGAACAACUUGUUCCCGUGCUGAAACUAUUGUCUCAAACAAAUACGCCCAUUCUCGUAAAUAUUUACCCUUACUUCCCUUAUGUGUCCGACCCAGCGAGCAUCCCUCUCGACUAUGCCACCUUCAAUACUGAGGCCAUCGUGGUACAAGAUGGACCACUGGGCUAUUCAAACAUGUUUGAUUCAAUAUUUGACGCUUUCGUGUGGGCAAUGGAGAAGGAAGGCGUUAAAGAUUUACCAAUGGUGGUGUCCGAGACCGGAUGGCCAUCUGCUGGGAAUGGAAACUUUACCACGCCGGAUAUCGCAGGUACCUACAACAGAAAUUUUGUGAAACAUAUAACAAGCGGAAAAGGGACGCCCAAGAAGCCCAACAAGGGCAUCGACGUGUUUUUGUUUGCAACAUUUAAUGAAAAUCAGAAGCCGGCAGGGACUGAACAAAAUUUUGGGUUGUACAAUCCAAAUGAUAUGAAGCCCAUCUACAAGCUAUUCUAAGUGUGAAAGUUUUUUGGACUUUCCCGAUUCAUCAACAAUAAUAGUUGGUAGUGAUUAAAGUAAAACUAAUUAACAGUACACAUGCUAAGCAACUGGUGUCUAUGAUGAGAUGAGAUCUCGUAGCAGAACUUGGUUGACUUUUGUAAUAAAUCUGAAUGUAGUAAUUUAAAAACCAAUUUCUA